AUGGCGAUUCAGAGAGUUUUUCUUGUUGCGCUGCUGGCUGCGAAAGGCGGCACUUUUGCACUCAGAACUCAUAGCACAAACCCGACACAGUUGCCAGCCGUGGAUGCAAAAUAUGACGGGCAAUGCUUCUAUCCACAACCUGCUCUGGACUUCGACCUUGACAGCUACCUUGGCCGCUGGUACCAAGUCGCCGGCACUGUGGCCCCAUUCACGGCUGGUUGCAAGUGCAUCCGUGCGGACUACUCCCUGAACGCCAACGGGACAGUGGACGUUCUGAACGGCUGCGAGCUUGGCGGGCAAGAAGUCAAGAUCCAAGGCACCGCCACCGCCAUUCCGUCAUCUGCUGGCUACGGCGAAGGAGGAGUACUGAGAGUACAGUUUCCCGGCCAGUCAGCACCAGAGUGUCCGGGACCUAACUAUGUCGUUCAAUACAUCGGCGCAGGCAAUGGAAGCGAGGGUUGUGGUGCAGAUGCCAGUGGUGAUGGAGCAUUUGCGAUCGUGCAAAGUUCGAACUUCUCCACCCUGUUCUUGCUGAGUAGGCAACAGAACCCUAGUAAUACAUCCAUCGAGGCGUGGCUUCAGCGUGCCGGGAGACUCGGCUCGAAUCUGACGGAAGUCGUAUUGACGGACCAGACUGGAUGUCAGUUUACGUAG